AUAAUUCCAUAAACAAACAUUGCCCAUACCAUGGAUAUAUAUCUUUAGUAAUUCCACUUGAAAAGUACUACCACAUCAUAGAAUUACCUCCCAUAUGUGUCCCCUUGUUUAAUUCCUCAACCCCACACUGCAACAUCAGAUUCCAAGACUCCCAAGUUAUAUAUGUCUUGCACUCUUCAACUUCCCAACAAAAUCUGAAUACCCCCUUGUUAUUGAAACCCCUCAUGGAUGAUUUCAGACAACAACAGUUGGAGAGCUUUAGCCCCUCUUAUGCAGCCUCAUAUACAGAUAUGAAGUACAUGGAAAUAAUGGACCACCUUACAGAGCCAAAUUCGACCAUGUUUGAGAAUUUCAACAUGACAGAUAUGCUAGAAGAAUCUUUCAUGGUUGAUCACCAACAACCUGAAAUCCAAGGGACUAAUUUUAAAAUUCUUCCGUGUACUUUUGAGUCCAACUGCAUGAAUACAGUGCCAGUUUUUCUUGAUAUGGCCACAUCAUCAAAUACUGAAGAUGUUUUCCAUGAGAAGAAGAAGAGAAAAGUGAUGGAACAAUCAAGUAGCAACUCCAUCAAUAUGUCUUCUACAGUUCCUGGAAAUGGAUGGAAAGUAAAAAAUGAUACAAUGAAAAAGAAUAGCUCAGGAAAAGGAAAGAAAAGUAUGGACUAUGAGAAGGAAGCAGAUGAAUCAGAGGAAGUGAUACAUGUUAAAGCAAGAAGAGGCAAAGCUACAGAUAAGCACAGUUUAGCAGAAAGGGUUAGAAGAGAGAAAAUCAACAAUAGAUUGAAACGCUUGCAAAUCAUUGUUCCCGGAUGCUACAAGUCUAUGGGAAUGGCAGCAAUGUUGGAUGAGAUAAUCAACUAUGUCCACUCAUUGCAGAAUCAGGUUGAGUUUCUUUCCAUGGAACUUGCCGCGGCAAGUUCUUUAUAUGACUUCAACUUGGAUGCAGAAGUUAUCAGCAAUAGUGCAGGUGCUCCUUCAAGAACCUUGAAAAGGGGACAAGAUACACAUGAGGCAGGGGAGCUGGUGAAAAUGGCAAUGAAAGGACACGAAGGAUGGACUUGCUUCCACUCAACACAGUCUCUUUGACAAUACUUUUGGCCCCUUAUCUCCAUUGCUAGAAACACACAUGAAUGUGCUCCCUUGCCCCACUUUCCCCCUUUCAAACAAAUCAAAUCUGUUCCCUGUGUACAUAGCAGAUGCGCUAUUGAUAUUUGCACUGUCCAUGUAGUUCCGAGGUUUAAGGUUUAUGAUGUCGUCUAUUUCUCCAUCAAUGUGUUCUAAAUCAUAUGUUUUUUGCAACUUAUUGUACCUGUUUGUGAUAUAUAGUUGAGAUAAAUUUCUCAUUUUUUGUUGUGCAUUAA